AGAGAGAGAGAGAGAGAGAGAGCCAUUGAGCAGUGGAAGUGAUAGAGUAUAUCAGUCAAAGAAAGAACCAAAAGGCAGAGGGAAAGAGUGUGAGAGAACUACUAUGCUCUGUCCCACUCCCUGAAUGUCUUCCCCUUCUCUACAGCCCAGAGAGAGAGAGAGAGAGCAAGAGCAAGAGAGACUACCUUUCCUUACUCUGGACUCUACUGCUCCACCAUGGCACCUGUCACAGACAGAGAGACACGGACCUAGGAGCGCUACAGUACCAGGAACACACAGAGUACAAAGAGCUGAAGUAAAGGGAGCGUUCGCCCGCCUCGGGGGCUUAGAGAGGGGAUUUGGCUGUUCUGCCGGGUGCCUGCCUGAUAACGAGACAGCCAGGCCUGCUGAUACGCUGCUGAGUUCCAGUGCCACUGUGAGAAGCUGCUUCAGUCCCAUCAGAGCUGAGAGGUGUCCGAUACAGCAGACGCAGAACAGGGAACGCCACACUACGCAGGAAGGCUGACAACCGAUUGGAGAGGAGCGUGACGACAACAACCCAACCCAUUCCAACGCUAGCCGUGCCAGGCUACUGCCAACCCCAGGACGCCAUGAUGAUGACCGUAAUGAUGAUGAUGGCGAUGAUGGUGACAUGUAGCUCCUUGCUCCUCUUGGGACUCAUGGCCUCCCAGGUCUCGUCCAGCGGAAUCCCCAAGACCAGUGACUCCUCUUCACCCUCCUCGUCCUCCUCACACCCAUCCUCCUCUUCCCCUCGCAUGAAGCUCUCCUACAAAGAGCUGCAGCAGUUCCAUGGCGUGCGGCGGUUCGAGCUGGAGCGCUCGUGCUGUUUCAGCGCUCUUUUAUUGGAUGAGGAGAGGGGACGGCUGUUCGUGGGCGCACGCAACUUCCUCUUGUCACUCAGCCUGGAUAACAUCGCCAAGCAGGAGCACAAGAUCUACUGGCCAGCCCCGGUGGACUGGAGGGAGGAGUGUAACUGGGCAGGAAAGGACAUCAAUACAGACUGUGUGAACUAUGUGAAGAUAGUGCACCACUACAACCGCACCCACCUAUAUGCCUGUGGAACCGGGGCCUUCCACCCCACCUGCGCCUUCGUAGAGGUGGGACAAAAGAUGGAGGACUAUGUGUUCAGGAUUGACCCGUCCAAGGUGGAAGAUGGGAAAGGGAAGAGCCCAUAUGACCCUCGUCACCCUGCAGCCUCAGUACUGAUAGGUGAUGAGCUGUAUGCGGGUGUGGCCACAGACCUCAUGGGAAGAGACUUCACCAUCUUCCGCAGUCUGGGGGGACGACCGUCCAUCCGCACUGAACAACACGACUCACGCUGGCUCAAUGAGCCUAAGUUUGUGGGUUCGUUCUGGGUGCCAGAGAGUGAGAACCCAGAUGAUGAUAAGAUCUUCUUCUUCUUCCGGGAGACAGCGGUGGAAGCUCAGGGUCUGGGGAAGUCCACCUACUCCCGUAUUGGACAGCUCUGCAGGAAUGAUAUGGGUGGCCAGCGUAGUCUGGUCAAUAAGUGGACCACCUUCCUGAAGACUCGUCUCAUCUGUUCUGUGCCAGGCAGUGACGGCAGUGACACCUACUUUGAUGAGCUCCGGGACGUAUUCCUGCUGCAGACCAGGGACAGGAAGAACCCUCUGGUCUACACCGUCUUCUCUACCUCUAGCAGUGUAUUCAAGGGAUCAGCCGUGUGUAUCUACACCAUGAAUGACAUCCGCAGGGCCUUCCUGGGGCCCUUUGCCCACAAAGAGGGGCCAAACUAUCAGUGGGUCCCCUUCCAGGGCAAAGUCCCCUACCCACGCCCUGGCAUGUGCCCCAGCAAGACAUUCGGCAGUUUCGAGUCCACCAAGGGUUUCCCUGACGACGUGAUCCAGUUUGCCCGUCACCACCCUCUGAUGUUUAACCCUGUAUACCCCCUGAACCGCCGGCCAGUCUUCCUGAGGACCAACGUAGACUACAGCUUCACCCAGAUCGCUGUGGACCGGGUGGGCGCCGCCGACGGGCAGUAUGACGUCAUGUUCAUUGGCACAGACAAAGGGACAGUGCUGAAGGUGAUCUCUGUACCUAAAGAGAGCUGGAAGAACAUGGAGGACCUGCUACUGGAAGAGCUAGAGGUGUUCAAGGAUGCCUCAUCCAUCAUUAACAUGCAGAUCUCCUCAAAGCGGCAACAGCUGUACGUGGGUUCAGACAUGGGUCUGGCCCAGGUUCCUCUGCAUCGCUGCAGUGUCUAUGGGAAGGCCUGUGCUGAGUGCUGCCUGGCCAGAGACCCAUACUGUGCCUGGGACGGCACCUCUUGCACCCGCUACCUUCCCAACACCAAACGGCGUUUCCGUCGUCAGGACGUGAGGAAUGGAGACCCCAACACCCUGUGUUCAGGAGACCACCACAAGCACCGCGUGGCAGAGAGGAGGCUGUUUGGGGUGGAGGGGAGCAGUACGUUCCUGGAGUGUAUCCCCAAAUCCCUGCAGGCCAGAGUGACCUGGACCUUCCAGAAACACCCCCACAACCCCAGGGAAGAGCUGCGUCUAGAUGACCGUGUCCUGCACACAGAGCGGGGACUGUUGGUAAGGAGGGUACUGAAACGUGACACGGGCCUCUACCAGUGCCACGCCAUGGAGCACGGCUUCACCCAGACCCUACUGGACAUCACACUGGAGGUAGUACCCUCCUCUUCCUCCUCCCCCUCUCCGCCCGCUGACCCUCUCCUCCGAUUGGACCCCCGUAACGGCGGCCCACCCUCCACCAAUCAGAAGAUGUGGUACCGGGACUUCAUGCAGCUGGUGGACCACCCCAAUCUUAGCACCGUGGACCAGAUCUGCGAGCAGGUCUGGGCGCGCAAGAAUGCCCAAUCGGAAAAGAGCUUCCCGGCUUCUCCCGCCAAACAGGCCCCGCCCCUCAGCCCUGUGGUCCAGGCCACUAACAAGAAGUGGAAGCAUCUUCAGGACAUCCGCAAGGGGAGGAACCGCCGAACCCACGACGGGAAGCCCUCCGCACGAGCACCGCGAAGUGCAGGGGAGUAACAACAAACAGAGAGAGAAGGAGAGGGACUGAUACAGACAGAGUUUAGGGAGAAAGGAAAAAAGAGGAGGAAAAGAGAGGGACAGAGACUGAUAAAGACCAAGGACUUAUUGAGGGGGUCAACCACACACACACAUCACCUCCUUCUUUGUGAAUAUUUACCUUCCGACACCCCACUAUCUACUGCCCCAUGAUGCUUCACUCUUCCCUGACACCUGACCCCUGACUACCACGCCUUGCUUGUAUUGCCUCCUAUUAAUACCCCGUCCUAAUUCUAUCUGCCCCAGCUGUCAGUCACUUUGUAUGCACUCUGCUGGAGAGCUUCUGAUAGAGACCUCACCACAGCAGAAUAAACUGAACAGCCAGCCAGCCAGCCAGCCAGCCAGCCAGCCAGCCAGCCAGCCAGCCAGCCAGCCAGCCAGCCAGACAGACAGACAGACAGACAGACAGACAGACAGACAGACAGACAGACAGACAGACAGACAGACAGACAGACAGACAGGUUAAAGGAUGGCUCAGUGUGUGUAACUCAAUCUCUCAACGGAAAUACAACUGGCUCGUAACUGGAAUAUCAGAAUGGAAACAGACAUACACACAUUUACAAUCCAUGAUGACAAUGAAUUUGAUGAUGAUACGGAUGACAAAUCGUGAUAUGGAUAAAAACAAUGGGAUCAAGACAGAAUACACAUAACUCCAAAUGCAGAUUGAUCCACAUAGAUAUAAUCACAUUUCAUGUGUUUUAUAUGCAAAGAUAACAUAAUGUAGAUGUGUGCUUUGUGGUAGAGCUAGGCUUCGAUAUACUUCUUAGCAUUUUGGUCCGAACAACUACAGAUUGGAAAAGGCACUAUACUGUCAUUCCAGUGUAUAUAGAGUACUCACAAUGAGGGUAGAUUCUGAAGCAGAGAGAGUGUACAGGAUCAAUACAAUGGUUCUAUUGUGAUUUUGUUUUACAAAAUGGCUGACAAGGUAGAGCAAGUGGAAGAUUUUCUACAUAUAUGUUCAUGGGGUGACAAGAAAUUUGUUUUGUGUUUUAUUUAGUCAUUUAUUUAAAUUAUCUGUGUGUAUUUUCUGAUUGUAAUGACUUGUGUUGUGUGCUGACACAAUUACAUGUGGGAGUUGAGAUGGUACUAGUGACAGACUGCACAACAUCAAUGUGUAGGUGGGAUUGCAAGGCCUUGUGAAAGAAUAGUAGACUUUAAAUACGACAUCCCAUCUUUGGGCUAAAAGCAUGAUAUUUAUGUGUGAAAACAUCUUGAUUCUUAUUCUAAAUGGUACCUACUUUGUUCUUUUACACUGUUUAUCUAGAUAAGUGAUGUGUGUGUGUGUGUGUGUGUGUGUGUGUGUGUGUGUGUGUGUGUGUGUGUGUGUGUGUGUGUGUGUGUGUGUGUGUGUGUGUGUGUGUGUGUGUGUGUGUGUGUGUGUGUGUGUGUGUAUGUGUAUGUGUGUGUGUGUGUAUGUGUGUGUGUGUGUGUGUGUGUGUGUGUGUUGGCAAGAGAGCUGAAGAGUGUUUCUGGUCAAUUCCCUGCUAUGUAAUAUGUCCAUUAUAUCAUAAACACAUACAGACAAAUAUCACCGCUGAGGUGCCAAGAAUUGCAAAAAAUGACAGUUUUGUCUGAAUUCAAGGACAAUAAUCAGGUACAAUAAAACAAAAUCAUAAUGUACAGACAUUAUAAGAACUUCCCUCCUUCCUGCUUUUUCUGUAGGCCCGUCUCUGUGUGUCAAUUACACAGGAUACCUUUGCUGCCUUGUGUUCAGCAAAACCCGUUUGUCCUCUGUGAAGUGGUGUGAGUAGAGCACAACCUAGUGUUUUUUCCGUGCAUAGACCUGGCCUGGUCCAAGGACUUUCUGUGGUACGAUUCAAUAUACUUACAUAUAGUCUUUUGUGAAAGACAAAUGGCUUUGUAAAAUAAAACAUGCUUUUCCUUUUUUUCCUUAUCCCAGUGCAAUCUACGAGAGCAUUUAGAUGUGUUAAAUCCUGUCUGUUAUUUAUACCUGCUUUAUAAAGAUGUAAUUAUUAACUCUUGAAUGACUGAGGAAAAUAAGUUAAGUGGACUGUAGUUUUGUGCUCUUUAAUUGCAUGACCAAGGUUAGUGGCUACAUAUGGACAAUGGAGACUUUGGCUGCCUCCCUAAAUGGCACCCUAUUCCCUAAAGUGCACUGCUUUUGACCAGGGCCCACAGGGUUCUGGUCAAAAGCAGUGCACUAUAUAGGGAAUAGGGUGCCAUUUGGGACGUACUCUUUGAGAUAGCCCAAAGGUCUGCAGAUGGCGAUAUUGAGUGGUUUCAUCUUACCGUCCAAAGGGAAUGUAUGCAGCCGGCUGUAAACUCGUGUCCCACGUGGACCUGUUCGUACAUAAAACAUUCUCCAUUCAGGCUGCAAAUGUAUACAUUUCAUUCUUAACUUGAUUUAAUGGUGAGAAAGCAGAUAAAAAUGGAAUAUGCAUACUUUAUGAAACACCAUUUUCCACCACCAUGCUACAGUAGCUAAUGCUAGUCCUGGAUGAUGCAUAUCGCGUUCAGCCAAUCAGGUUGCAGCAGUCAGUUUUUUCACCCCUGGUCUGAUAGUUUCAAAAUAAAAGACUGCUGCAACCUGAUUGGCUGAACGCAAUACGCAACAUCUAAAUAUAAUAAAAUCAAAUUGUAUUGGUCACAUGAACAUAUUUAGCAGAUGUUAUUGUGGGUGUAGCUAAAUGCUUGUGUUCCUAGCUCCAACAGUGCAGUAGUAUCUAACAAUUCACAACAAUACACACAAAUCUAAAAGUAAAAUAAUGGAAUUAAGAAAUAUAUAAAUAUUAGUACGAACAUUUAGCUACUCUACCAUGAUGGUGGAAAAUAGUGUUUCAUAGUGAAAGUAAGCAUAUUUUUCCUGUUUUUUCUCUCUACCUUCUCGCAAUUAAAUUGGGUUAAGGAGAAAAUUGACGCCUUAGCAGCCUGAAUGGAGAAUGUUUUAUGUAUGAUCUGGUCCAGGGGGGAUGGGAGUGUAUAGCUGGCUGCAUACAUUCCCUUUGGAUGGUAAGAUGAAACGACUCAAUAUCGCCAUGUGCCGGCCUUUGGGCUACUUCUGAGAAGUGCGACUGAGUUGAGAAAGCACAAUGUUCAAUAUGGUUAUGCUAUGUAUUUAUGUGCGCAGAUAAGCUAAUAUGAUGUGGUGGAUUUUUUUGUUUUCUUGUAGAGACUAAGGGCUCUAUUCAAUCUGUAUUGCUGAAGCGAUAGAGUUUGCACACUAGAAAUGUUAAGGCCGUUUCCGAUUGAGCUGCCUUUAAAUAUCACGCUGUAACUCUGAACUUCUGUGAUACGGAUUGAAUAGAGCACUUAUAUUUGUACCAUAGGCCUACACAUUCUCCCCAAAAAAAACAUAAUGAAAAAAUCUUUCUGUAGAUUUUGAUCCGGUUGUCCAAUUAGCAUCAUUGUUCUUCACACUGCCCUCCAAUCGCUGAUCCUUUCUAUUCCUUGCUAUGUUACGCACCCCAACAUUAUUUCUGAGAGAGAAAGAGUGUGUGUGUCUGUGUCUGUGUGCGUGCAUGCAUGAGUGUUUUGUGUAUGUUUUGGGGAAAGGAGAGCUGAUAUUGGUUAAGGAGGAGAGGUGGUCUGUGAAGACAGUUCAAAGGCCAAAGUUGACAUGGUGCACUGUAUUACUUCCAAAGUUCUUUGUGGAUUGUUAUGUCAGAUUGUUUUUAACACAAUAAAAUACCCAGUUACUUUA